CCUGCUGGCCUCGACAAGUCCCACCUCGUCUGACUUCGCCUCUUACCUCACACCUCUAUAAUGCAUCUCUUAUACGUUGCACACGCUCUGCUACUUCUUCUCAUCCUCGGAACAGCGAACAGCGUCGACGCCGUUGUGGUCAAUACUCGCAGGCCGAGCUCAAGCUGUCGAACAUUCCAGAGUUCCUUCGCCUCGAGCGACAUCUCCCAGUACGGCGACGCACCGUUUCGCAUCGUGAGCCCUGAAAGCUCUGUUUCAACCAGCAGCGAAGGCCUGCAGCUCUACCUAGAAAAGCCGAAGGGAACGGUGCACACUAAUGAUGGCACGAACAACAUCGUUGCCGAGGGUGCGACCGUGAACUCUACAUUCACAAUGUUGUACGGAAAAGUUACAUUCGAAGUUUCAGCUCCAGCUGUCCCAGGUGUCGUAACAGCGGCCAUUAUGAUCUCCGACAACGCCGACCACGACGAGAUCGACGUUGAGCUUCUGGGCGGCGACCCAUCGCACUGGCAGAGCAACAUCUUCAUGACUAGUCCACAUGACCAAGAACCUCUUUGGGGGGUCUUCGGAGAGAUUGAGGAUUACGUUGAACAAGGCAGAGUUGACGAGACGCGUCGCUACACGGUCGAUUGGGAUGCGGAUCGAAUUGUCUGGAGUGUCGACGGGGUCGACAUGCGUACACUUCAUAGAUGUAGGUGCUUGGUUACAUCACGAAUGGGAUGCUCACACAAUUUUAUAGCGGAUACGAUAAUUAAUGGAACCCAGCACUACCCUUCGCAUGCUGCUCGCGUACAACUAGGCAUCUGGGACGCCAGUAACCCCGCCGGAACUUCGGAGUGGGCCCAGGGACCUAUCAAUUGGAAUUCGGCUCCUCAUAAAAUGUCGGCGACGUUCAAAAGCCUCACAAUCGAAUGUCCAUACUAGUACCUUCUUUCCUUGGUCAGCUUAUGCUGGCCUUAAAGCCACGCGACGCCUGUAACCACGCUUUGUAGCAACUCUAAGCCUCAUCACAUUUACUAUGACUUAUCUUUCAUCCUGUCUACACACGCGAGUCUGAUUUUGAUCAUGAGUGCUGUGAUCUAG